UCAAGCAAUGAGGAAACUACAGAUAUCAAUGCCUGAAUUCAGCUUGCUUCCAGCCUCACCUUCAAUAUGGAGAGUUUGUGUUCUCUCUCUCCCUCUUUCUCUCGUCCCUUGAUGGCUGAUAUUUUUGUUGAUAGGCUCGAAGAGUUUAGGAGAAGAAAUAAGGAAAUUGAAGAGGAUGAGAAUGAGUAUGAGGAAGAUGUGGUGCUUCUUGAGGCAUUUGAAUUGAAUAGAAAAGUGGAUGAGAUUAAGCUGAAGUUGAAUGAAGUUCAUGAACUUCAAGAUACAAUUGUCACAAAAUCAUCAAAUCAAAAUAGAGCUUUGAAAGAGAGACAUGCAAUGCUUCUGGCAGAGAUUAACCAGCUGUCACAAACUGUUCAGAAAGGAUUAAAGCGCUUUCAGGAUGACAUUAAACGUGAUGAACUGGGCCCUGAAAGAAAUUCAGCUGAACUAAGAAUAAAGAAAAGUCAUUAUUUUGCCUUGAGCUAUAAACUAAAUAAUAUCAUGUCAGUCUAUAGUCAGCAGGAGGAACAGCACAAAGAAAAGUGCAAGGAUAUGAUAAAAAGACAAUUGCAAAUAUUUGGUCCUAAACCUGAUGUAUCUGAUGAAAAAAUUGAAGAAAUGUUGGAGUCAAAUGAAAUGUCUAUAUUUACUGAUGAUAUAAUAUUUGAUGCAUCUCAGAAGAAACAGGUUCCUACAGAAAUACGUAAACUGGAGCAAAAUUUAAAAGAACUUCAUGACAUGUUCCAUGACUUUAUGCUUCUCAUUCUCAAUGAGCCUCAAGGAGAUCUUGCUGAUAAUAUUGAACAUAAUGUUGAUAACACAGCAGCCUAUGUUGAACCUGGUACACAAGCAAUAGUUGCUGCAGCUAGAAUGAGGCAAAGCGAGAACAGAAGGCUACGCUGGGUUAUCUGCUGUGUAGUGCUGUAGCCAUCAUAGCAGUUGUAGCUGUUUAUCUUCUG